AUGUUAUCGUCUCCAUUGUUCGCUUCCUGUACGGUUCAUGGAUUGAAGCAACCCGCCAUCGGACGCAAUGCCAUCGUUUUUAUGCGAUGCUUAGCCGAUCGUGCCAAGACGAUCGAAUCGCAAGAAAAGGAAUCCUACCAGUACUACACGAUCGAACCGGCGGAACAGCAAAGCAAAACCAAGGGUAACCGAAACCAGCCAACAGAUGUAGCGUUACGGCGUAUCAGUUUGAUUGAUCUGGCCAAAAGCAAACUGUACGAAGCUCAAACAUUCUACGACGAAUUUAGCGGGAUGAAUGAGGUGAAAAUCGCCCAGAAUAAGGUGAUCGAGAUACAGGAUCAGCUACAGCUGGUACAGGAGCGUCGCCGCCACAUACUGCUGGAGUUGACGCUGGUGCGCAAACAGUUGCAGGACAUUCACAUCGAACUUCAAAAAGCUACCCGGGGGGAACAUCGAUACGUGGAACUGAUAAAGCAGGAGUUUGAUGUGCUUGCACGGGAAAAGGAGAAAAAUCAAAUCUUUCAAAUAAUCGACCAAGAAGAACGUGAACUGUUCUCCCAUCUGACGGCCGCGGUUAAAACAUCCCACGAAAAGGAACGGACCCAAGCAAACAAUGUGAAGUACUGGUCGAUUAUUGCCUCAGGUGUUGGAGCUUUGCUGGGUAUAGUGGCCACAUCGAUAAAUUAUUAUUUCCGUAACACGCAGUUCGAGACGAUUCGGAAAGCAGCGGAAGAGAGUAAUCGGAAGCUGGCCAUUAUGGAGCAACAGCUGGUUGGGCUGGAGACGUCCCUUGGUCGGAUGAACGUCGAAUGGAACCGUUACUUGAGUGAGAAGAGGAUUGCAGAGCAGCGCAGAGUUGCCCGAAGUCCCGCAGAGUCUUGGGGUGGUUACAUGCGUCGACAUUUGGCACGAUUCUUUAGAGUUUUCAUACCGAAAGCAUAG